CAUCCCAGAAACACGGCGGCUGCGAGGAGGGAGAGAGAGAGGACACGUCCGCGCACGUCCCGAGUGGAUUUUAUGAUCAGGACCCGUCCCGCGAAGCGCUAUGGAGGAGCUCCGAGCUUUUGUUUCGAAAUCCUUCGACCAGAAGACCAAAGAGAGCAGUCAGGACGGGAUCUCGUACCGGGAAGUUCUGGAGAGCGGCUUGGCGCGAGCCACGGACCUCGCGAGCCCGGACUUGAACCCGAAGGGCGUCACGGACGCGAGCGACCGCUGCGUCGUGCACGCGUGCAAAGACCACGCAGAGCUGCCGAAAGACAAGCUGAGGGAGUUUCGUGUCGCAAGGGCUGCCGAAGGGAUAUACGAAUGCAAGGAGAAGAAAGAGGACGUGAAGUCGGAGGAGGAGGAGGAGGCCCACGGCCGGCUGAAGCAGAGGCGGAGCAGGACCAACUUCACCCUGGAGCAGCUGAACGAGCUGGAGCGGCUCUUCGACGAGACCCACUACCCCGAUGCCUUCAUGAGAGAGGAGCUGAGCCAGAGACUGGGGCUCUCCGAAGCCCGGGUCCAGGUCUGGUUUCAGAACAGAAGAGCUAAGUGCCGAAAACAAGAAAAUCAAAUGCACAAAGGUGUAAUCCUGGGCACUGACAGCCACUUGGAUGCUUGCAGAGUUGCUCCCUAUGUGAACAUGGGUGCUCUCCGGAUGCCUUUUCAGCAGGUAGUUUUCUGUACGCUCGGAUUUUUGAUAUUUCAGGUACAGGCUCAGCUACAGCUGGAAGGAGUUGCUCACUCCCACCCACACUUGCAUCCUCACCUGACUGCUCAUGGCCCUUACCUGAUGUUCCCGCCUCCGCCAUUUGGACUACCACUUGCGUCCCUAGCUGAUUCGGCUUCGGCGGCGGCGGCAGCGGCGGCAGCCGUGGCCAAGAGCAACAGCAAGAACUCGAGCAUCGCCGAUCUUCGGCUCAAAGCAAGGAAACACGCCGAGGCGUUGGGUCUCUGACAGCUGCGGACACCUCCGAUACUUCGAUGACUGCUCCGCGUGCAAGUCUGAGCUUCUGAAGCCCGUGACGCUUGCGACUAGAGCGAAAUACAACCAAACAAAUCCAAUGGUCGAAGAACCAGUUGCCAAAUCAUCCACUUGUAGAAGGCAGAAGAUAAUGCAAACACCAAUGAAAUGGCCUUUUACUCUCUGGACUUUUACCGGGCCUGUUUCAGCCACGUGUCACAGGACUGAGUCUAGUCAGAACCUUUUGGAUAGUCAAUAUACUUUAAAAGCGGCAAGAAAUAGUGCAGCAGAAGUAGACUAUUACUGACGCUUGUUGAAAGCUUGUCUGAUUGGAAAGGCGUAGGGCUCUUAACUCUGUGAAACUUUUCGUACUGGCCUCCAACCACUGUGUCGUUGCAUCUGCCGAGUGCACUUGUAUGAAGGAAGUGAAGACUGUGUUAGGUUUACUGUGCCGAACAGUUUUUUUUGCUUACGUUUGACAGCCCAGCACUGUUAUUGUCCUUGGCACCAGCUGGCGCCAUGGGGUUGAAUUAAAAUGAAAAAAAUGAGACACACAAGGACCGGAGAGCAAAUUCUCAAUGUUUGAAGGGAAUUUGUGUUUUGGUGUAUUUUUCUGCUGAGCAUGACUCGGUUGGACGAAUUGAUCUUGUCCUUUGCUGGUGAAAGUGCUCCAUCCAGGGAGCGGAGGUGAGAAUACUAUUUGCACUCACAGUCCUGUGUCACAUUGUUUACAAACUAUGCUAACAAGCAGCUGUUACUUCUAAAUAAGGGAAAACAAUGAAUAUAUAGCAUUUGAUAUCAAAAACGGAUAAAGGGUAACUAUAAUUAACAAUGUACAAGAAGCAGUAGCGGAACUGCAAUGCAAUUGUCCAAUUAAGUGCAAUACUGUAAAUAUAAAAUGUAAUGGUCUUAUUAUUUUUUGAGAAUGAAUUCAAUUCAUUAAUCGUUACCUGCCACAGUUCCUGAAGUUUUAUGGAAUUCCAAUGUAAUUUUUUAUACAUUAAAAAUGAUACCUUGCCGAGGUACAAAAAAGCACUUUUAAUUUCACCAAACAGUAGAGGACAGGAUCUGAAACAAUUACUUGUGUGCAGUAUUGACAUGGAUGAAAUUAUUUAUUUAUUUUUUUCUUUUUUGUAAUAUUUAAUGAGUGGAAAGAUUACAAAUGUAUUUUGAUACCCUCGAUUACAUCUUUCCCCACAGCUAAUGCAUGCUUUAUACUGGUACACGUAAGCA